UUCCUAUUUUUCUGGUUUUCUCUGUAGACACGAUUGAAAUAUUACGGCGAGACUCGGGUCUCAAUCAUUUGGGCCAUAACAUAAAUAUGGAGAUAUCUGCCUUUCUCGUGGGCCUUUUACAAACCUAAGCAUAAAACUAGUGACCUACCUAACCAUAUUACCAACCAGACUGGACUUAACCGGCCACUUGUUCGGCUUAUAUUUUUCAUACAAAAAUUAUGUUAUCAGUUCCGUAAAAUAACAUAUGUUUCAGUUUUAUGACGUGGAUCCGAGUAGCAGAAAGCUCACAUGUUGUUGGAUCUGACCCACGAGCCAACCAUAAAUGAUAAUAAUCCAGAUGAUGUCAACCAAAAAUAAAAAUAAAUUAAUAAUCCAAUUUGAGUUUUAUCAUAUUUUUUUCUUGACCAAAGAGUUUUAUCAUAUCUUGACAGAUAGAUAUUGCAUAUAGUAUACGUCAGAUCUUCGUGGAGGAAAUAGUUUCAAAACAGUAAUCCAGAAGAAAACUAUUAAUAUUAUCAUAUGACUGAUUCAAAAUUACUCGUCUAAUAGGUCGUCGAAUUUUGACCAAUCUUACCCGUACAAAAUGUUUGUAUCACGUUUUUUCAUCAAAUCUCCAUUGUCUAAAUUACAUCCCAGUCGUAAUUCCAUUUGUCAUGUUUAAAACGCUGCUUUUUUUUUUUGUUAUACAAAACUAUACAUUAUAUUAUUUUUGCUUGACCGUGGAGGCCUGAAAUAUGACAACAUACAAUAUUCAGCUCCACAAUAAUUUAAUAAAAAAAUUCCUUGUUUUCUAUUUUCUUCCCCCACUAAUUUUUAUUUGCUUCUAUUUAGGCAGGAAUCUUUAUAAAUAAAAACAAAUAAUUUCACUAAGUUUGGAAAACAAACAAAGUUCUUAAGAGAUAAAUAAAAAAAGUCACCUAAAAUGAGUGAGGCGUGGAAGAUAGAAUAAUAUCCAAUGACUCAGAGCCACGUAUAAGAUGAGAACCGUACUCUUCUCUGUCUUUGUCAUACCAGAUCCCAUAAACGGCAAGAAGAAAGCAUCAGGAAAGGCCCAAAGCUGACGUGGAAUGGAAUAUUCGGAAUGCGGAGAAGAUCCAGCUCCCUUUUAGCUUCUUCCACCACCUUUUUUAUAUAAAUACUCCACAAAAAAAAAAACCAAAACUGAAGAAUAUAAAAACAAGAAAUCGUCACAGCAUUUCGAAACCUCUCUUUCGUCUGUAUAGUCCUGAGAAAAUGGCUCUUCGUACUGUCCUCGUAGCCGACGUCCCCAGCCUCCCUGAUUCCGUUUACGGAUUAUCCGAAGGUUUAGAUAUGAGCAAACCGACAUCGUUUAAGAUGCCUGGAUUCUCUGUGAUCGGGCACAGAGGAAAUGGUAUGAAUGUGUUGCAAUCAUCUGAUCGGAGAACCAGAGGGUUUAAAGAAAACUCUAUCCUCUCUUUCAAUUCCGCCGCCAAGUUUCCCAUCGAUUUCAUUGAGUUCGACGUUCAGGUUACAAAAGAUGAUUGUCCAGUCAUUUUCCACGAUGAUUUCAUCUACUCUCAAGAGAAUGGUAUUGUUAAUGAGAGUAGAGUGACUGACUUGAGCCUCUCUGAGUUUCUCCUCUAUGGACCUCAGAAAGAAGCUGAGAAAAUAGGCAAGACCCUUAUGAGGAAAUCCAAAGAAGGUCAGGUUUUGAAAUGGGACGUUGACUCUGAUGAUCCCCUUUGCACGCUACAAGAAGCAUUCGAAAGAGUUGAGCAAUCUCUAGGGUUCAAUAUCGAGUUGAAAUUCGAUGAUCAGAUUGUCUAUGAACGAGAGUUUCUUGUCCAUGUCCUCAGAACAGUUCUUCAGGUGGUGUUUGAUUAUGCUAAAGACAGACCAGUGAUCUUCUCAAGUUUCCAACCAGAUGCAGCACAGCUUGUUAGGGAGCUACAGAGCACUUACCCUGUUUACUUUCUGACUGAUGCGGGGAACCAAAUGUACAAAGAUGAGAGAAGAAACUCACUAGAAGAAGCCAUAAAAGUUUGCUUGGAAGGAAAGCUACAAGGCAUUGUUUCAGAGGUAAAAGGAGUUUUCAGAAACCCAUCAGCCAUUGCCAAGAUCAAAGAAUCUAACCUCUCUCUCCUUACAUACGGCAAACUCAACAAUGUGGGGGAGGCAGUGUACAUGCAAUAUGUGAUGGGGAUUGAUGGAGUGAUUGUAGACUUUGUUGAGGAGAUUUCUGAGUCAGUAACACUCAUGAUGAUUCGACCACCAUCACCAUCAUCACCAUUACCGUCAUCAGCUUCGAAGGAUGAUGUUGCUGUCAUUACAAGACCUGAGUUUUCACAAAAGGAGAUUGAUUUUCUUCUCAAGCUUCUCUCACAGUUGAUACAACAUUGAUUGAUGAUCAUCAUUACCUAUGUUUUUUUUUUCUAAUCGAAUAUCUCUCUGCUUUUUUUUUCUUUCUUUUAUCAUGUUUCUUUAGGUCUGAUUUUCUUUAUAAUUUUUAUUUUCUUUCUUAAUUUCUCUUCUUCCAGGGUGUCUUGUCCAAUAGCUAAACUGUAAAUAAAUCUGCAAUAUUUUUACUCUUCAUAUGGAUUAAUUUUAAAAUAAUUUUCAUGUA